AUGAUGUAUUCGUUGGAUAUAAAAACUGAUUAAUGCAUAGCAAAAAUAGCUUUGCUGGCUAAUAUUUCUGGAAAAUUAAGCCUGAUAUUAUCAGUAUGUUUAGUUUAGAUUGAUGCAUUAAGUUUCGUUUGCUCAUUAACAUUAAUAUCCCUUGAUAUUUUAAGAUUUGUUUAAUACCAAUAGAAGUAUCAGAAUAAAACUCACUAUUUGCAACUACAACUAAAUGAAUUGCAGUCACCCUCCGAAUACUCAAAAACAAGUGACAAUAUUUGGAGAUAGAGAAUCUAAGAUAUGAAUGUGUAAGUCCUGAUAUUGAGUUAUUCAAACUUAUGUGUUAAAUACAUCAAUUAAUGCUUUAUGGAAUUGUUUAGAUGUACCAUAGAAGAAGAAUUACAGAAAAUUAUUUUAUAAGAAUUAAAUUUUUAGAUACCUUAGCAAUGCACUGAGAUUUUCAAAAGUGCCUCACUCCAGAUGAAAAAGUUAAGAGAUAAAUUAAGAGAUCCAUCUUGCAGAGAGUUUAAGAACUUGGAAUCGACCAAACAGGUCAUUACCAUAUAGACAAAAACUUUAGAGCAAAUUCUUGAAGAAUAUAAAUAGGGGAUUUACGAUUCUUUAAUCCAAGCUUCUAGAAACAAGGCUCUUGAUAUAUCUUGCACCAUCAAAUUGCAGAAUUGCAAUCCCAUUUCUUUAAGUGGGUAAAUAAUUAGCGACAAUCAAGAGAUCACUAUCUUUUUAAACGACAUCUCAAAAUAGACAGAAUUAUCCUAAUAGAAAAUCAAGGAUGACUUCAAAUCAAAGAUCAUCGAAUCAUUUUCUCACGAAAUGAAAACACCCCUAAACAGUGCAAAAAAUCUGAUCGAAUCAGCUAUUUCUGAGUCUUAAAUUGAUAAUAAUAUCAAGAAUUAGUAUUUGCAUCCAGCAUUUAACUCAUUAAAGCUACAGUCAUACAUUAUCAACGACAUAAUAGACUUUUCAAACUAUUAUGCAAAUUCAUUGCAUCUCUAAAUUAAAGACUUCACAUUCAAAGAGUUGAUCAAUGAAAUAAGUGGGUUGUUUUAGCAAUAAUUCGAGAUGAAGAAUAUGGGAUUAAAAAUAGUAAUGGUGAAGAAUAGUUUUCUAACAUUUAAUACUGACUAUAAUCGUCUGAUAUAAAUAAUAGUGAAUUUGUUGGCAAACUCAUUAAAGUUCUCAUACAGUGGCAAUGUGGUUGUUCGGUUUAAAUCACUUGAGUAAAAUACUUUGAAAAUAUCGAUCAAAGAUUAAGGGAUUGGUAUUGAGUAAGAGAAAUUGGAUAGAAUCCAGAAAACUCUAAGUCAAUUCCAAGAGACCUCAGAUUUCAUCUAUAAUAAAAAUUGGCAUGGAUUUGGACUGUUAAUUUCAUCCAUUCUGUUGACCAAGCUCUCAACUAAUCCAAAUAAAUAGUUAUUGUAAAUUAAAAGCAAAGGAAAGAGUUUGGGAACAAAAGUUAUCAUCUUAGUUGAAGACUAAAAUAAAGUGGAUGAACAAAAUAGAGGAUAAUCAAUUAUGAUUUCUAGAAAAUCAGUUAGAUUUGGAACAAAAAUAAAUUCACAAAAUAAAAUAUAAAUUGGAACUGUCAUUGUGACUUCAGUAAAGCCGGUGUCGAACUUAAAAAAUAAUGAUAUCGUGACUCCGCAAUUUAAAACAAUAGAGUUUUAAACAGAUAUGAUAUCGAUCGAUAAAUCCAGUGAUUUCUUUCCCAUAAAUAAUAAACUCAAAGAAUUGAAAUCGUCUGAUCCAAAGUUGAUCAGUGAUUUAAACGAUUCACAAAGCUCGGAUUAAAUUGGAAAUAUCCAAUUUGGACAAUUAGGAUAAUCAAACGAUCCUCCUUCAAUACAACAACAAUUUAAAGAUGUAAAAUCAAGUAGGAGUUCUCGGUCACAGGUUUUUAGCAUUAAAUAAUUAAAAUUAUUGGAGGAUUAGGAGAGCCAGUAAAAUCUAUUGAAUUUUGCUCAAAAAAAGAAAUGUCAGUGUCGAAGAAUACUCUCAGUAGAUGAUGAAAUAUUCAACUAACAUUCCUUAUGCAUGUUGCUUCAAAAACUGGGCUUUGAAGUGUUGGUGGUUAGUAUUAAAUAGUAUAACCUUAGGCUUUCAAUGGGUAACAGGCAAUAGAUAAGUUGAACGAAUUAAAGAAGUGCUGUGAUAAUUGCUAAUUGCUUGAUGUGAUCUUAAUGGAUUAUCAGAUGCCAAUACUAAAUGGAAUUGAAACUACAAAAAUCAUUUUGGAAAUGAUAGAAACCAAACAGAUCCCCUUCAUCAACAUCAUAGGUUUAACAGCAUUCACUAGUGAAUCAGACAUAGUAAAUUGUAUAGAUGCAGGCAUGACUUAUGUAUUACCUAAGCCUUUGAACCUAAAAGACUUCAAAGACUUAUUGUCAAAUUUAUGA